AUGGAUGAUAGAGUUGUAUUGAAGAUUUGUUAUUACGGACAGAUCUUAUUACAAACAUAUGAGGGAGUUCAAUUUGUGUGUGAAAAUCCGUUAGAUGUUGUUAUUCCGUUCACAUUGUCAUUUGAAGAGUUAAAAGGUGUGAUUUGUGAGAAGAUAGAUUCUCAAAGAUGUAGGAGAAUAUCGUGUAUUCUGUACAGGUAUCCUUUACCUGUGUUUGGUGGGUUUGUUCAAUUUCAGACCAAGUAUGUGAUGGACGAAGCGAGUAUGCAGGAAAUGUUUUCAAUGUACAUGGAAAAUCGCCACCGAAUGUCGUGCAUCGAGUUAUAUAUUGAGUUUGAGCAAUCUGAAGCGGACCGUAACAUUGAGUUGGAAGAUUAUAAUAGUGAAAGCGAAGAUGAAUUUGAAAGUAACUAUGAGAUCGUCGCUCCAGGUGAGGACGAAGAAGAAGCUGGCGGCGCCAUGAACGCAGAUGUGGCGGAAGUUGCAAAUGCACUAGCAAGUCCGCAUCCGUUUCAGGAGCCUUCUUUCAUGCGGUCGUUGGAUUUGGAGGCUAUGCACGCACCGAAGUUUCCGCAAUAUAUGAAUCCAGCCCCUCCUGUUGUGGCGGAUGGUGAGUUCACAGUGGGGAUGGAAUUCAGUUCAAGGGAGGCAGUAAUCAAGGCAAUGAAAGAUUAUACCAUCCGGAGAGGUGUGGACUAUCGGGUAUAUGAGUCGGAACCGACGACAUUCUAUGCAAAAUGUACAGAAUAUGGGAAUGGUUGUGACUGGUUGAUUAGGGUAACCAAAAUGCAGAAGAAGUACUAUUGGGAGAUAAGGAGGUACAAUGGAAGUCAUACUUGUACCAGGUCUACUAUUUCUCAAGACCAUUCGAAGCUGGAUUCCAAGACAGUUGCAGAAGCAAUAAAGCCGUUGGUAGAGGUUGACCCGUCUAUAAAGGUAAAAUCUGUAAUUGCUGAUAUCCAAUCAAAGUUUAACUACACCAUCAGUUAUCGCAAGGCUUGGUUAGCAAAGCAGCAGGCGGUGGAAUCAAGCGGUCGAAUCAAUUUUCGGAGGUUGGGAAGCAUCGUAUGA